GUCGAUCAAAUCAUUCAUUCAUUCACUUCAAUAUUUUCUUGAAAAUUGGGUUGUUUUUGUGUCGCCAAAACGUAAUUGGAAAGGCAAUUAGUGACGAAAUACAGUUGUAGGUAGCCUUUUAUGAUUAAAUUCCACCGGGAUUAUCAAUUACAGUGAUGAGGAAACUUUAAUAAGUGACGACCUUGUGUGAAUACAAUACAUACUUUUGUUGGCAUAUCAAAAAGAAGUAGAUCAUUUGUAGUGUUUUUGACUAAAUUGUUAAUGAUUUUGUGGGCUGAAUGUCGUCGUAUAGAGUAAAGAACGGAUUGUGCUUGAUGGAUUACCUUAUAUAUUAAGUGCGGACGUUAUUAUGUUUACGUUCGUGUGGGGUGACCACCUGGAGUUCAAGCGAUUGACUUCAGAACUAUGUUCACCACCACGGGCAUGGUAGCAGCACCACAGACGGCGACCAACCAGGUCGCGCAGAAUGGAAGCACCACUCUACCACGAUCUCACCACCAGAGAACAGGGCGACCACCAGCAGCUCCCAAGUCGUAUGACUAUCUUCUGAAGGUGUUGCUGGUAGGGGACUCUGAUGUUGGUAAACAGGAAAUCCUACAGGACUUAGAAGAUGGUUCAGUUGACUCCCCCUUCUGUAGUGGCAGCGCAUAUAAAACAACAACAAUCCUUCUGGACGGGAAGAGGGUGAAGUUGCAGCUAUGGGACACGUCAGGCCAGGGCAGGUUCUGCACCAUCCUGCGGUCGUACUCGCGGGGCGCGCAGGGCAUCCUGCUAGUCUACGAUAUCACCAACAAGUGGUCUUUCGACAGCAUUGACAGGUGGCUGGAGGAAGUUGAAAAGCACGCGCCAGGCGUUCCAAAGGUGUUGGUCGGCAACCGACUACACUUAGCGUUCAAGCGACAAGUGCAAGAGCGGGAUGCGGAGUUGUACGCGGCCAAGAACCACAUGGCGUUCUUCGAAGUGAGUCCGCUGUGUGACUUCAACAUUCGAGAGAGCUUCUGUGAACUGUCUAGGAUGGCGCUCCAUAGGAACGGCAUGGAGCGCCUCUGGAGAAGCAAUAAAGUACUGAGUCUCCAAGAGCUAUGUUGCCGCGCGAUCGUGGCCCGGACGUCCGUGUACGGUCUGGAGCGGCUGCCCCUGCCCACGACGCUCAAGUCCCACCUAAAGUCGUAUGCCAUCUCCGCCGCGCCCAGCCGCCACCGCGCGCGGACCACCAAACACCAACACCACACCCGACUCAACUGCACCGGACGAAAUUCAUGUACCAUCGCUUAAACGGUACGUCCCUUCCCCUUUAAUUUAGUCUAACAGUAAUGACACCCGUUGCCCCGCGAGCAACAAGUCCGCCCGCGGGUAGCGAGUGUUUAUCAUUACUCUAACCGCUCAGUUUUAUUUCUCUCAAAAAUGUGAUAAAGAAAUAAAACUAAGCCUAAAAUAAAUAAGUGGUUUAUAUCUCAAUUACUCCCGUCUGUAACUUGAUUACGUGACUCCGCUAUCUUCGUGAACUGCAGUAUUUCAAAUAACUUGUAUAAUAUACUAUAAUGCACGAAAUUUAGAAGUGUGACAAAUACAAUGGUACAAAGCUCAAUGUCAUGUAGAACAGUUUCGGUAGAAUUUGUCGUGUAAAACUUAAUUUUAAAUCUUUACAUCUUACUUUUAAAGUGAAGUGUCAUUAAUGUAAAUGGGUAAAUGCCUUUGUAAAAUAAUCAAAAGGCAAUAAGGUAAUCUUUUGAAUGCUAUACAGUUCUCCUAUUUAUAAAUCUCUUUUCGAUUACACCAAUGUAAGUGACUGCCAAUGCCAAUUGUAUAAAGAAAUUGUAUUGAAAAAAUAUAAUAAAGAUGUAUUAUGAAAUUAUAUUUGAAGGACUUAUAUUCUCAAACAUUUAUUGCGAAAGUAUACUGUGUCAUAACAAUCCAGUUAACUGAAUUAUCCUAACAAAUACAGGCUGUAACUGACAACGGAUUUGUGACUAGUUUAUAGAGAGUAGUCUAAGGUACUGUUACUUAACAGAUAAUAUGAUGUGAAUAUAAGUGUUAUUUAAUUAUAGUGAACAUAAUAUGUGAAUAUUUUGUAGCACGGCGUCUAGCCCCAGUCCAUACUGUGAAGAAUCCGUUUAACUCUACUAACGUCGCGUGCCUAGUGAAAUGGUCAGAGCAAAUAUUAUUCUUCGGUAUUUUACAUUGGUUCAUACUUUGUUCGUCAAAAUCAUAUUUGAAUGUAAUCUAUCUUUAAUGAAAUCGUCGAUAAAUUAAAUCAAAUUCUUUUUAUACACUAAUAUUACAUUUUGCUCAUAAUGUUUUCUUUCUAGGAUAAAUAAUAUCGAAAAAAUGUCGUAAUAUACAAGUUUGUAUGUCAACAUAAUCGAUUGAUUCAUUACACAUAUUUUGAGAAUUAUGAGUGAAAUAUUAAUUAUUAGUUACAGAGUUCACAUAUUUUUCUUCACUUUUUUCUAUUUGAUUAACAUUUUGUAUUAAGGAAAGGCUAAUAUCCUUGUAUUUCCAGUAUAUCAAAGUUCUUGUAUGUGUAAGUACAAUUUGUCCUAAUUAACAAAAAAUCAUUAGAAUAUCGGAUAUCUAGCCUUUAGUCAUUUAUUAAUUAUUAUCCUGUCCAUUAUUAUAAGUAAUAUAACAUUAUCAAGCAUCUAAGUCCUCACGAUAUGUAUGAAUUGAAAAUGUAAAUAUUUUGAUUAUAUAAAGAUAUUUCGAUUCACCUAUGUGAAAGUUUGUGCUAAAAUUAAUAAAGUGAAAGUAAGGACAUUUAGAUAUUUUAAGACACAUCAUUUUACAGUAACCUAUAUUAACAUUAGCUCACUGCAUGUCUCAGUACUCUGUAAUUUUCAUAAUUAAUAUGGUUGUGUACGUUUUAGCAUAUAUGACAAUACACCAUAGUUUAUUUUGCAUUUAACAUAUUCUAUAAAUAUGAAAUGUUAUGGCAGCACUAGUAAUGGAUAUUAAGAUCACGUGGGAACUACCUAUAUCAAGUAAAUCAAUAUAAAUUCGUUUCGAUCCGUCCCUAGAGGGUAACGCAAUCGUAAUAGUUCGCCCUCUUGCGUUUCGUCUAUAUCUCGUUUCUCCUUGUAAAUAUUCGCGACCUCAUACUAUUUUAGACGUUAUAUAAAUUCAAAAAUGUAUAAGUUAAUUUGAAAAAUAUUAUGAGCCCUUAUUUAUCUUAGUAUGAUUAUAGCUUUGCAAUGUUUGUAUUGAAGUCAUUGAAAGCAAGUUCCACUGUUGUUUUCUAUUUUUGUUUAUAUUACGUUAUUAUUUAGACAAAAUUAACAAACUUUGUACAUAUUAUUCAUUUCUAUUAAUUUCGUAUAUCACUUGUGAUAGAUUUUAGUUAAUAUUGUAAUCCAAAUAUACUAAUGCCAGCUAAAAGUUUGGUUGAUACAGUCAUAAUGUUAUUUACUACCUACUAUAAGUUGUGAAAUAAAACUAAUUUAUAAUA